GACAUGAGCGACUUGGAACUGCUGCUGCCAGGGCAGGCUGAUGUGCUGGUUCGGGGUCUGCGCACCUUCCAGCUACGGGAAAUGGGCUCCGGAGGGUGGAACCAGCAGCAUGAGAAUUUGGAGAAGCUGAAUAUGCAGGCUAUCUUGGAUGCCACAGCCAGCCAGAGCGAGCCCAUCCAGGAGCUGCUGGUCACCCAUGGGAAGAUUCCAACACUGGUGGAGGAGCUGAUCGCAGUGGAGAUGUGGAAGCAAAAGGUGUUCCCCACGCUAUGCAGGCUGGAGGACUUCAAACCCCAGAACACCUUCCCUAUAUAUAUGGUGGUGCAUCAUGAGGCCUCUAUCAUCAACCUUCUGGAGACAGUGUUUUUUCACAAGGAGGUGUGUGAGUCAGCAGAGGACACCAUAUUGGACCUGGUGGACUACUGUCACCGCAAACUGACUCUGCUGGUGGCCCGGAGUGGCCGUGGCCCCCCUGAGGAGGCGGGAUCCCAGGACAGCACCCCUAUGCAGGAGCUGCAGAAGCAGGCAGAACUGAUGGAAUUUGAGAUUGCACUGAAAGCCCUCUCGGUUCUGCGCUACAUCACGGACUGUGUGGACAGCCUUUCCCUGAGCACUCUGAGUCGCAUGCUCAGCACCCACAAUCUGCCCUGCCUCCUGGUGGAACUGCUAGAGCACAGUCCCUGGAGCCGGCAAGAAGGAGGAAAGCUGCAGAGAUUCGAGGGUGGCCGUUGGCAGACUGUGGCACCCUCAGAGCAGCAAAAGCUAAGCAAGCUGGACGGGCAGGUGUGGAUCGCCCUGUACAACCUGUUGCUAAGCCCCACGGCCCAGGCCCGAUACUGCCUCACAAGCUUUGCUAAGGGUCAGUUGCUCAAGCUUCGGGCCUUCCUCACAGACACACUACUUGAUCAGUUGCCCAACCUAGCAGACCUGCAGAAUUUCCUGGCCCACCUGGCCUUGGCCAAAACUCAGACACCCAAGAAGGACCUGGUGUUGGAACAGAUCCCAGAAAUCUGGGAGCGGCUGGAUAGAGAGAACAGAGGCAAAUGGCAGGCUAUUGCCAAGCAUCAGCUGCGGCAUGUGUUCAGCCCCUCAGAGCAGGACCUGCGGCUGCAGGCACGAAGGUGGGCUGAGACCUAUAGGCUGGAUGUUCUGGAGGCAGUGGCUCCAGAGCGGCCCCGCUGUGCCUACUGUAGAGCAGAGGCCUCCAAGCGCUGUUCCCGGUGCCAGAACGAGUGGUAUUGCUGCAGGGAAUGCCAAGUUAAGCACUGGGAGAAACACGGAAAGGUCUGUAUGCUAGCAGCCCAGGGUGACAGAGCCAAGUGA